AACAUUUAUAAAGAUGAUCUACUAAUGGACCAAAAUGUAGUGCAUAAUCAUGAAAAGAAAUGUACACUCAAACAUAUAAAGUUCCCGUUUUUUUCCCAUAACAAAUCAGAGAUCACGAAGCCGAAGAGAAAUAAAAAGAGAAAACUCUUUUGCUUCAAUUGUCCAAAGAAGGACGAGCAUCGUCUCAAAAUUCCGGAUUUCAACAAGAUAAGUGAAGACCCAGUGAUACAGUUCAAGGUCAAGAGGUCUUAUGAACAGAAGCUGUGUCCGUCUUGCAGGAAGUUGUUCGUGAGUGGCAUGGACCCAAACGAGAGACGCAAGAAAACACCGAAACGAAUCAUACACAACAGUAGACAGUACUAUCAAACAAAUUUUCCUGAAGUGAGAUUAAAAGAAGAUGUAAAAAGUAUAAGAAAGAACGUUGCAUUUUCAGAAGGUGCUGCUUUAGACGACGGAGACAGAAAGAGAAGAGGCGUGGAGGCUGAUAGAGAGAGGCAAUUGAAAGAGUUAGAGGCGGUUCAGAGGAAAGUAGAUAGUGUGGAAGUCGUUGUUCCUACGUUCGACAAGCCAUCCGAAACGUAGUAAAGAAUAGUCUUAAAGUAAUGUAUUGUUUAAAAUGUAUGCUUAUUUUAGAGUAGAAGAAUUUACAUUAUAAUAAAUAUUAUAUUUUGUAUA